CAAGCGUGUUGAUCGACGUGCCGCGCCGUCAUGGCCGAAGUAAUUUUAUCGUGCCACGGAUGGAGCACGAUGAUACGAGGGAAAUCUUCGCGUUCCGCUUAGCCGGCCAGCCCGAGCAGUCCAACGAUCGCCGCCGCGUUGUCCGUCGGAGCCCGCAUUCUGAAUGGGCCAUUUGUGCGCGUGUUAGCGCGUCACUCGUCGAGUCAGCACGCGAUACGGUCGCACCUCGACGAAGCGGUCGCGUACACGGCUCGCCGCACGGGACAGCGAUACCGCUAUCUCGGUUAUCUCCGGACGUCCCGCGAAUCGGUUCUUGAUAAUCGUCGGACGUGGGACCUGUUCCACUGUGCACGCGAUUCGCUGUACCUGGAGACACGGUCUGAUGUAGGCCUAUUGUGUUCAUCGUACUUGAUCGGCGACGAGCGGACAGAAUUCUUUAGUUGGCUCGUACUUGUUAGGGAUAUUGGGAAGUCUUCUUGCUUUUGGAACUAAUAGGAAAUUAUCAAGGGAAUGAGAAAGACAUGAUGGAGUGCAUGUUUGAAUGCUGAUUCACGAUAAAAGAGUGAUGGACACUGAAAUUAUAAACACGUGUUUGUAGCUGAUCGAUCACGCGUCGGCAUGAUCGCCGAUUGAUCUUCCAAUCCCGGACAUUCUGCGAACGCUCCCGGAUCAAGCGUUACUCGAGAAAAAUGGGCGGCGAUGGGUACAACAGGAGCCUGUUCACCUACGAGACCCUGGUGCACGCGAUAUCCGGCGCAGCCGGCAGCGUCGUCGCCAUGGCGACCUUCUUCCCUUUGGACACCGUGCGAAGCCGUCUGCAGAUGGAGGAAGGCCGGGAACCGAAGAACACGCUCGCGAUGAUACGCGAACUCGUCAUGAAGGAAGGACCGUGCACCUUGUACAGAGGAAUGGUGCCGGUUCUGCAGAGCCUCUGCGCCAGCAAUUUUGUUUACUUCUACACAUUCCACGGAUUGAAGAAAUUCAGAGCUAGAGGAAACCAAACCGCCGGGAACGACCUGCUGGUUGCAUCUAUUGCUGGUGUAAUCAAUGUUCUGACGACCACACCCUUGUGGGUGGUGAACACGAGACUGAAGAUGAAAGGCGUCGGCCAAGGUGAAAGGAACAACAACGAAUACAGCACGUUGUACGACGGCCUCCUUCACAUAUGGAGAUACGAGGGCUUGGCGAACCUUUGGGCAGGAACUUUGCCUAGUUUGAUGCUCGUCAUGAACCCAGCCAUCCAGUUCAUGACUUACGAAAGCAUCAAGAGGCGGAUCACCAGAUCGUUGAACGGCGCGCCGCCACCUGCUUGGAUGUUCUUCGCCAUAGGCGCCAUAGCGAAAACCGUCGCCACAGCAUUGACUUAUCCUUUGCAACUGGUUCAGACGAAACUCAGGCAAGGUCACAAGUAUCCGAAUCUUCCAGCAGAUGCCGGCACGUUACGGAUACUUUUAUACAUACUGAAGAAACAAGGAAUGGCGGGAAUGUACAAGGGGAUGGAAGCCAAGCUGCUCCAAACGGUUCUCACGGCCGCGCUGAUGUUCCUGGCGUACGAGAAGAUUUCGAGAUUCGUUCUCCGUAUUCUCCUACACAGGCCGAUGCUGAGACAAUGAUUCCGUAGAACAGUAUUACUCGGCAACGUGAAUAUUCGUUCCUCUCACCAUGGAAUUAACUACCCUCAGUAGCUCGAGAACCGACGAGACUCCCGUUCCGCCGAAACGGACGAAUCAAACUGAACGGGAAGGAAUGUUUCUUAAAAUGUUUACACGCAGACCGGUUAACGGUCUCGAAAUUCUAAGCUUAUACCGGGACUGACGGAUGGACCGUCAUUUACGAGGAUUUCCACUUUUAGACAGCGAUUUGUAAAGAAGAUCUAGCUAUAGUCUUGUUUCCCGUGACAGGGGAAUAUUUUGAUAGAUUGUGCCAAUAAUAACGUGUACGUAAUAUUCCAUGUGUACUGAAAUUUUUAUUCUAUUCGAUUCUACAAGCGAAACGACGCUGCGAGCGCGGAAACAUCCGCCGUCUACGAAUGAAAUUUCACAGGUGAAACGAACCGAUGAUCUGCAGGUCGAGAAGAUAAAAAGCUCCGUCUUCGUCGAUCAAUGCCUGCAUAGAAAUUUGCAUAAACACGUACAAAAAUCCACAAACGAAUUUACAUGCGAUCGAGUCCUUGAAUAAUUAUUUCUAGACCGCAGAUCUUCGCGCACUCGCAGUACGCGAAACUCUCCAAACAUUUGUAAAAUACGUUUUAUCGAGUCCAAGGCUAGAACUACCGAGGAAU